AAAAUUCUAGCAUUCCAAUAUGUGUCUUUAUUCGAAAUUAAACUAGCAAAAUUUUGUUUAACAAAUAAACAAAAAUGUUUUUAUGCCCUCUGAUAUUUUUGCUGCCAUUUAUCUUGACGCUUUUGGCUUUGUUUUGGAAUCAAAUUUGCCUGCCACUGUACGAUUAUGCUGCUGACUGGGUGAGGGGGGGAGAGGAGAUCAGGAGAUGAAAAGACAGAUGAUUGCAAGGGGACGUAGACGAGAUCAACGCAGGCCUGUAUAUACUUGGCACACGUAACAACAACUACUUAAAGGGGAGGAUUUUGUUUGGGGGUAAACAAAUUUCCAAACUUUAACUCCCUGGGCAUGUUCAAAAUUUCAUAGUUUUACCAUUAAAAAAAAAAAAACACCAAUCCUGCCAUAAAAUGCCCACGCUGGAAAUGGCUUUGGUUGUGGAGAACAUCUACCAUGGAAUUCGGAGAUGUUUUGGUCCGGAAAAUGAUUACCCCAUAAAACGCCACAGACCCUCGAAGAUGUAUCGCCAGUGUCGCUACAAGCAACUUCGAUCGAAGAUGCAUCAAUGUGGUAGCUUUCGUGUUGGUGGCGGUGCCGACUGGUGUGCCAAUCAGCGACGCUUCCGUGGCUAUCACUCCGAAACCAACUCCAAGUGCAGCACCUCCGAACGUUCGCUCUCUGAAUUUGAGGCCUCCACGGACUACAUUCUGCAGCAACAGCAGUCGGAGCAGGAGCCUUGUGCCCGAACGCUUUGCAGCAUGCAGCCAGUGGACUCCCGCUACCAGCUUCAUUAUUCGGUGUCUGGUUUGGCUGCUGCGCUCGACCAUGGCCACUGCCAGCGGAAGAUAUGGAAACUGCAGCGACGCAGCCUCAUGGAGAAUGCAUGGGAGGUGAUUGGCAUUCAAUGCGCCUGCUGGUGGAGCAGAUACUCGCCCAAUCUGGGGGCACUGUGCAUUGAAUCCAGUCUGGAUUUUCUCUCUCGCCAGCUUACCCCUGAGCAGAGACAAGCGAAUGAACCAGAGCCAGAUAUUGUUCAUUAUAUACGUGAAUUUGUGAAUCUCUGCCGAAAGAUCUACCAAGCCGCAGAUUCUGUCAUCUCUGAUGCUUUGUGCUUCAAAAGCUCACCCACCUUGGAUGUGCUGAAUAUCAACGAAUUAAUCCCCGAUUUGAACAGUGCCCUCAUUCAGUAUUUGCUCCGACUUGAGGAGCUACCAGAAAUCAAUAGUUUUUAGUACUUUAUGCAGCUUCACUCCGCCAAUAAACCACACACGAAAAAACCCCAUCAAAACCAACACCAAAAGUGGU